AUGGACUUGAGUUUGGACGAUAUUAUACAACAGAAACGUCGUGAUCGAGGGCGAGGCCGUGGAUCCAAUAUAUUGAGAGGGGUGCGGCGUGGCGGAAUUACACGCAGAAGCUCUGGUGGAGCGGAGCUCUUCCGUGAAUUCGGUGUUAUCCGACGGGCAACGGUUCAUUAUGAUCGAAGCGGACGCUCACUUGGUACCGCUGAAGUGACGUUCACUACUGCUAUGAGUGCUCUUAAAGCCCGCAACCAUUACAACGGUGUUCCCCUCGAUGGCCGUCCGAUGGUUAUUCAACUUGUUGGCGCAGGUGCUAAUCCGGAAGGUGGAAUGCGCAAUCGAGUCGGACCCGCACGCAGCCCCGCAGCGGGUCGUCGUUUCCCAGCUGCUCGUCGUGGGACGCCCAGUCCUCGUCGGGGUAGAGGUCGUGGUCGUGGUCGAGACACACGCACUACAGUCACCAAGGAACAGUUGGACGCUGAGUUGGCAGCCUAUAACGCACAGCAUUGCAUUCACAAGCGUUAG